AUGAAUAAUGAAGAAGAAUUACUUAAUUUUUAUAAAGAUGAAUUAGUGUGUUUAAAAGAUUCAAUCAUGUCAUUGCAGGAAUAGAAGCAGAAAUUAACUGAAAAAGUUGACCAACUUGAAAAAUAAAAUAACAUCCUCAAAGAAAAUAAUGAUAACUUGAGCGAAAUGUUUACUCAAUAUAAAGAAUAUACAUCCACACAGAUUAGAGAUCUCGAAUUAUAGUUAGUUAAUUUAAGUGUGGAAAGGGCUGAUAGAGAAUUACUUUUAGAUACUUUACAUUAAGAAAUCAGACAAUUAAAAAAGGCAAAUUUUGAAAAGGAAUAAAUUAUAAAGGAAUAAGAAAGUACCAAACACGUAGACAUUGUAUCAUCAUUUCAGGAUUCCCCUGAUAAUUUAAGUUAAAUAAGUUAAGAUGAAUAAAAUCAAAGGAAGAGUGUUGAAGUCAAACAAGAAUAAGUCAUUUAUUUAAAAAAAUAAUUUCACACACCCUAAAAAAAUAACAAACCUGAGAUCUAAUCUAUAAUUGAUAGUAUUCCCAAAUCAUAAUACACUAUACUAUAUGAGGAGGAAAUGAAGAAAAUUAAAGAUAUAUCAAAUAAACAAUUUGAAAUGAAAAUCUGGUAAGAUCAAGUUAUGGUACUAUUUAAAGAAAAAUAUAAAAAUGAAAAAGCUAUAAAUGGAAAGUUAAGAGAUUUAUUGAGAAAUUCUUAUCCAGAACAACAUAGAGGCAAGAUCUGGUCUUUUUUAAUUGGUAAUCAAUUAUAAAUUAAUAAAUAACUUUAUGAAAAAUUGUUGUUAUCUAUUCCAAAUCACCCAUUGAUCACAAAUGAACUAAAGAAUUUGAUUAAUAAUGAUCUUUAGAGAACAUUUACUAUUAUCAAUGAUUUUGAAAAUUCAGAUAAGUUGAAAGACGACUUAAGAGAGAUACUUACCAUAUUUCAUAUUUAUAGACCAGAUAUGGGAUAUAUCUAAGGAAUGACGUACUUAGCAUUCAUGUUUCUAAUUCGUAUGCCUAAGCAAAAGGCCUUGAAAUGUUUAGCCAAUAUUUUAUUCAAAAGCCAAUUGUUAAGGACAUUCUAUUAAUUUAAAAGCCAUUAUUUAGAAGCUUACUUCUUAUUAUUUGAUUCUUUUUUCCAAGAAAAGUUACCAGUUUUAGCAAACAAAUUUAAUUAGAUCAAUUUGCCAAAACAAUCAUUUUUAGUGGAAUGGUUUUACACAGUUUUUUCAAGGGCAUUCAAUUUAAUAACUUCGAGCAAAGUUUGGGAUUAUUUUUUAUGUGAAGGAGAUUUGUUCUUAAUUAGGUUAACAUUAGCAGUAUUGUCAAAUCUGGAACCAGAAUUAUUGAAAUGUGAAUAUGAAGAUAUUUUAAUGCUUAUAAGAUAGAAGACAUAUUAGAUCAAAAUAGAUGAAUUGUUCAAACAUUUAAACAAAUUCAAGAUAGAAGAUAAGACUUUCCAAAUCAGAUUAUAAAAAUAAUUAGAUGAUUUGUGA